AUGAACAUGUUGUUCAAGAAUACUUUGACCAGAAAUACCUUAUUCAAGCCAUCAUUUAUGAGGUUUUGUAGUACGAAAAUCGGACUAGAGUUUGACCCUCAUGUAAAGAAGCACGUUUCAAACCUCUCAAUCAAUAUCUAUCGAAAUUUGAAGGAAGCAAGUGUCAGGACGGAUGAACUGAAUCAGCAAAUCAUGGAUAUGGCAGAAUCACAGAUGAAUGUGAACCCAGAGAAUAUCAUUAAAGAAAUUGCAAGGAUCUCUGGAAGAGUCUCCAUGUUCAAAGAGCUAGAUGAGUCCUUCCAGACUAUCAAAGACUGUGAGGAUAUCCUCCAGACUGAGGAAGACUCUGAGCUCAAGGAGAUGGCUCAGGAAGAACUUGAAGAAGCUAUUGAAGAAAUCGAAGAGACUCAGGAGAAAGCAGUCCAAGAAUUGGUCCCUAUUAGUGAACUUGAUGAGAAAAAUGUAACCCUUGAGGUUAAAAGUGCAGCUGGUGGCUCUGAAUCAGCCCUUUUUGCAGACGAUUUAAAAGGCAUGUAUGAAAGCUAUUGUAGAAACCAAGGAUGGAGAUGGACUCAAAAACACUUCAGCAAUGAUGCUACUACUGGGAAAGGCUGAAAAUACGGCAAGUUUGAGAUCAUUGGCACUGAUGCUUAUGGAUCUCUGAAGCAUGAAAUUGGAGUUCAUAAGGUUCAAAGAGUCCCUGAAACUGAAAAGCAAGGAAGGAUACACUCCUCAACAGCAAUUAUUAUUGUGAUGCCGAUUAUCCCAAGCACAUUUAAAAUUGACCCUAAAGAUAUCAGGAUAGAUACAAUGAGAGCAAGUGGUGCUGGUGGACAGCAUGUAAAUACAACAGAUUCUGCUGUCAGAGCUACCCAUAUUCCUACAGGAAUCAUUGUUGUGAAUAAGGAUGAGAGAGACCAACAUACCAAUAAGGAAAAAGCUCUUGAGGUCAUGAGGGAAAGAGUCUACAAGCAUUAUGCUGAAAUUGAGAUGAACGAGAUCAGGAAGGAAAGAAGCUCCCAGAUGGGAACAGGAAAUUUAGGUGAGAAAAUCAGAACCUACAACUGGCCUAAUAAUAGAAUCACAGACCACCGGAGUGGUAGCCAAAAGUUCGGUAUUGACUCAAUGCUUCAAGGAAUUUUGUUGGAAGAAUUCAUAGAAGAGCUUAAGGAGAAAGAAAAAGAGGACUUAAUCCAAGCUGUACUUGAAAAGAAUAAGCAGUAGAAUAUCAAUU